CACGGGUGAGCUCCACGUGUGUGUACGGUGGGGCGUGGAUUUGAACGGGCGCCUAUAAGAAGGAGCAGCAGCGGUGCUGGACGGGCAUCACUGCUCGAGGAGAAGAGGGCAGAACUGGCUGCAAAAGACACAUAAUUAACAACCCAGCAAGGGAAGACAGAAAGCAGCGACCUUCAAGUAGGACGAGUUCUCAGCAAGACGGAGUCUCUUCUUCUUCUUCUUCUGCUGCUGCUACUUCCUCCUCCAGCUCUUCUUCAUUCUCCCCUGUGGGGCGUGGAGUGCCGCUUUAGCAUCUUUAGCAUCGUCUGCUAACGCUAGCUAACAAGGAAUGUUAACUCUAGGCUUUUCUAGACCAGAAGCCUACAACAUCCUCCUCUAAAACUAGAACGACCUCAGUGCCGGUGGAUAACCCCAUCCGAAGCACACCUAGUGAAUUUGACCUGACGGUGGAUCCUACAGCUUCCGUCCAGACAGCAAACACCAAAGCAUUUUCAUUGCUCCUUUUUUUUUUUAUUAAUUACAUCCAUAACCUUGGCUAUUUAUAAUUAUAUUUUCAAGCUUUACAUCCAAGAGAUUUUUUUUAAGGUAUUCUGUCAAAAUGGGUCCUGGAAUGGCAGCAGUGGACAUAGCGGUGGUAGCACUGUAUUUUAUCCUGGUGCUAGUCAUCGGGUUUUUGGCAAUGUGGAAAGCCAAUCGGAGCACUGUGAGUGGCUACUUCCUGGCUGGACGCUCCAUGACGUGGAUAGUGAUAGGUGCAUCACUCUUCGUCAGUAACAUUGGCAGCGAACAUUUCAUAGGCCUGGCUGGGUCAGGUGCAGCAAGUGGCUUUGCUGUGGGUGCAUGGGAAUUUAAUGCACUGCUACUUCUGCAGCUGCUUGGCUGGGUCUUCAUCCCUGUGUAUAUCCACUCGGGAGUCUACACCAUGCCUGAGUACCUGUCAAAACGCUACGGUGGCAACAGGCUAAAGGUUUAUUUUGCUUUCUUGUCUGUUUUGCUCUACAUUUUUACCAAGCUAUCUGUGGACUUGUAUGCUGGAGCUCUCUUUAUUCAGGAGUCCCUGGGGUGGAACCUUUAUUUGUCUAUCGUUCUGCUCAUCAGCAUGACUGCACUACUCACUGUCACUGGUGGAUUGGUGGCAGUGCUGUAUACGGACGCUCUUCAGGCAGUGCUGAUGAUUGGUGGAGCCCUGACCUUAACCAUCAUCAGCCUAAUCAAGGUUGGCGGGCUAGAGGGUGUCAGGACAAAGUACAUGCAGGCAGUUCCUAAUGUUUCUGCUAUAAUUGCCACUGGGAACUACACUUAUUCACCUUCUUGCCGCAUUGAACCUAAACCAAACUCGCUACGCAUCCUUCGAGGUCCCCUGGAUGAAGACAUCCCUUGGCCAGGCUUCAUUCUCGGCCAGACCCCUGCAUCUAUUUGGUACUGGUGUGCAGACCAGGUCAUUGUUCAGAGAGUACUAGCAGCAAAGAACAUUGCUCACGCUAAGUGCUCAACACUCAUGGCUGGAUUUCUCAAGAUCCUUCCCAUGUUUGUAAUAGUGAUUCCAGGAAUGAUCUCCCGCAUCCUGUUUGCCGAUGAGAUUGCCUGCAUUGGGCCAGAGCACUGCAUGGCUGUCUGUGGCUCUCAGGCCGGCUGCUCAAACAUUGCCUAUCCACGGCUGGUGAUGGCGGUGAUGCCUACUGGACUCAGGGGUCUUAUGAUGGCAGUCAUGAUCGCUGCCCUGAUGAGUGAUCUUGACUCAAUCUUCAACAGUGCAAGCACCAUCUUCACCCUGGACAUCUACCAAACAGUUAGGAAGACAACGUCGCAGCGCGAGCUGCUGAUUGUGGGCCGCAUGUUUGUUGUGCUCAUGGUGGGAAUCAGCAUUGCUUGGGUCCCAGUCAUCAUUGAGAUGCAAGGUGGACAGACAUACCUCUACAUCCAGGAAGUUGCUGGCUACCUCACUCCACCGAUUGCCGCCCUUUUCCUCCUUGGUGUGUUCUGGAAACGGUGUAAUGAGAAAGGUGCAUUUUGGGGAGGCAUGACAGGUUUCACGCUAGGUGCCCUACGACUGAUCCUGGCCUUUAUCUACCGCCAGCCUCGCUGUGACCAGCCAGACGAUAGACCUGCCUUCAUCACUCAUGUUCACUACAUGUAUUUUGCAGCUGGUCUGUUCUGGAUUUCAGGGUUGGUGGCAGUGGUGGUCAGUCUCUGCACCUCCCCACCAGAUGAACAGCAGGUUCGCACCACCACAUUCUGGGGGCUCCGCAAUAUUGAAAUGGCUCCCAUGAAAGACAGAGAGGAAACGUACCGGCUGACUGAGAAGAGCCAUUGCAAUGGCGAUAGAAGCCUCCAUAAAGAAAUGCCCCCAGAUGUCAGAGAACAGAGGUGUUUGGAUGGGGCAGAUGUCAAACUUUUAGUCCCAUCUACUGACCAUGAUCCAGCAACACCUAGUGCAGAAACAUCUCCUGCCACCACCCCUGCAGAACAAUUUGGUAAAUUAAGGAUGGAGAUGAGCAGAGCAGAGGAAGGCCGCCAUAGUGAUGGGGAGACUAGUCGGUGUAUGCGCUUACUGGACUGGUUUUGUGGAUAUAAGGACGGAGGACCGAGCUCUGAGCAGAAAGCGUCACAGGAAGACGCAAGAGUCAUUGCAGAGAUGUUGUACGAGUCACCUCGGGUGAAACUGCUCCUCAACGUGGGUCUGCUAUGUGUCUGCUCUGUGGGCAUCUUCAUGUUUGUUUAUUUCUCACUGUAGCUGAACCCUGCACUGAACUAACGGGGACUAAUGCGGGGGCUUUUAUGUUGGUGGAAGGUAUGAGAGAGGGUUGGGGCUGUUUCAAACAGCUGAAUUUUCAGAGAUUUAAGAAGCUCUGUCUGUAAUAUUUACAGUUGUCUUUUGUAGCUCUAACAGGGAUCUAAGCUUAUUCUAAUCAUUUUUUGUAAUGAUUAAAGCUUCUCCACAUGAAAACAAUGUGACUUCUCUAAAACUUUAAAGCUCAUUUGACACUAGUGUGUCUGUUUUGUACAGCGCUUGUUGCUAAUCCUGCAUUUAAAAUGUAUACUGGAAUUUUUGUACUCUGAAUUUAAUAUUUGCCUUAUUUGACAUAUGCACUUUUCUUUCUUUUUUGUAUUGUGAAAAACAAAUGUAUCCUGUGAUUAAAGCUUUUAUUUUUUCUCUGUUCUUUUUGACAGUGACUGUAGGUUUAGUUGCUGGUGUAGCAUACAUCUUGUCUGUAGUUACUCUAAAAACAAUUAGAGGUUAGAGGCAGUUUUGUACAAAUAUCUGCCACUGAACACUGAUUAUUUACUACGCUAUAUCAGUAAAACUUCAAGUAUGUGAUUACUUUAAUUUGUGUUGUGCCCUGGAUGAUCAUUUUAAGGUUAAAUAACUGAAUAUCCUUUAUUUAAUUUUUUCCCCUUGAGAGACGGGGUAGACAUGACAUUGAAGCCUCUUUUUCUGUAAGAAGUCGCUCAUGAAUUUUGGGGAGAAACGAUUUAAUCUUAAGUUCGAAGAAGCAUUGCUUUACUGCUGGUGUUGCAUAUGAUCAUUAUAUGUAUGGUGAUUAUUAAAAUGUUUGAUUUUCUUUAGCCUACCAGAGGUAUUGCAUCAAAAAUCAUUUAGUUGAGUUUACAGUUAGUAUUUGGUAUAUAGAAUAUGUUUAAGUUUUGCAGUAGAGGAGAGAGAGAGAGAAAAAGAAGCACAAGAUUCUAAGUUUUCCUUUUUUGUCAUUCAAAUAAACAGCGAUGGGAUUGGUUGUUUAAUGUGUUGACCAAAUUCCAGUAAUAUCUGGAGCUGUACUGCUAUUUUUAAGAGUUUAUAUACUGCGUUUUCUACUACUGUGUUUUUAUUGUUGAGUUGUUUUUUUGUGUGUGUGUGACUGUAUUCUGUGUUAAAAACCAACAUACAGCUUUUAAUGCUCUACUAUUUUAUCAUAACAAAAAGCCACAAGUACCAAUGCUCCUGAUUCUGUACAUGUUUAUAUUUUAAAGCAUAUCUCAUUUAAUGUUUGACGUAAUUGAAAAGCGUGUCAAGUCUGUCGCAUUCUGUUAACAUUGUGUACAAUAUAUUUCAGGGCUCAUUGCAUCACCCACCAUGUACGUGUCUUCUAUAGUAAGCUGUGUAUCUACUGUGUGUCAGUGCACUGCAGUGAAAUGUCAUUUAAUCUUAUUUCAAGUGCAUCUUUUAUAAACCUCCAACCAAAUGUGUCUUAUUGUGAAAUGCUAAAAAAAAACAAAAAAGUUAAAGAACACAAAAAUGGAGUUGUUUUAUGUCCUGAAAUGUUUGUGCAGUUGAUAUCACAUUUGUUUAAAGCCAUUUCACCAGUAUGUUUUUAGUCAGAGGUGAAUGAUAUUGCAAAAGCAACAAUGACAUGUCAGAUGUUUGUUUCCUGGUUAGCACACCACUGGAUGAGCUCACUCAUGUUAUCAAAGGUGAUUCAAGCAGGUGCAUAAAGUUGCUGGCCUUUUGGAGUGUUGUCAUUACUUCCACGUGUCCACACGUGAGCGCCCUAUCACCAGAGUACAGCAAAAAUAAAGGAAACAUACUGUGUUUAUAUGUAUUGUGAAAUUUGACAGGAGUUCAGUCCAAAACGUCAGUGUCAUAAUGUGUCAGGCUCAUUCUUAUCAAUGUCAGCCAUAAAUGAUGCAUCACAUGGAUUGAUAAGAGACGAUUGCUGUAUGGGAAAGAGCUUUAAAAAUGUUUUCUUUCCGUCUGAAAGAAAAUACACUUGUUAUUUUUAUGGAUUUUAUUUUUAGAGAUUGAAAAUAAAGUUUCCGUGAAGACCAACA